AUGGAGUGCUCCGGCUGUCACAAGACUUUUCCAUCAGUAAAUAGUGGUGUUAAAGGCCAACAAUGGUGCGACGACUGUUUCAACUUUAAAACGUGUGAAUAUUGCCAUAAAGUGAUCAACAGAAACAUGUUAAGCUUAAAGACUUACCAAGGAAAGGAUUAUCACAUGGAGUGUUUCAAGUGUUGUUCCUGCAAGAAUCGUCUCCGCAAAGACCCGAUCGUAGUCGGCUCGAAGUUUUAUUGCCAAGACUGUGGUCAACCCUGCCCAAAGUGUGGCAGACCAAUAGGUAAAGAGUUUAUGGAGCUGUUCGACAAGAAGUUCCAUGAACAGUGUGUGACGUGUUGUAAAUGUGGUCGUGGGAUAGCUGACGAGCAAAUAUUCGAAUGGCAAGGACAACCCGCUUGUGCUGUAUGCAUCGAGUUGUUAGACGUCUAA